GACAUACAAGCAUAGCCCCUCCUAUCAAUCCGGAACAAGAUGAAGUUUGCUGCCGGCCUCGCCCUCGCGGCCAUCGCUGUCACCAUUGUCCACGCCGGCAACCCGUCCAUGAUGAAGAAUUUGCCCGCCGAGUCGGACUCGGCUGACUCAUCGGAGUCAGGCGAUUUCGGCACGUCUUGCAACUUUGCUUGCCUUGCUGUGAUGAGGCCUGUGACGGACGAGAACGGCGUCACGUACUCGAACGAGUGUGUGAUGCGCCGAGCCAAGUGCAAGGGAAAUGGGAAGAAAACUGAUCCUCUGGAAGAGUACAAGCGUAUCUACGGCAAGGAGUUUGGAGCCCCGCGCGAUGACGACGAUAAUGGAGAUGAAUCCCCCAGCGAGGAGGAUUCCUUUGUCCAGGGCGAAGCCUCUGACGAGGACGAAUCAGCAUCCGACGAAGCCUCUGCUGAAGGCACCCCCAAGUCGUUCUGCCCCAACAUCUUGUGUCCUGCCGUCUACUCGCCCGUGACUGACGAGAACGGUGUGACGUACCCGAAUAAGUGCUCUAUGGAGGCUGCCAAGUGCAAGGGUCCCAGGGAAAACCCCUUGGACGAAUACAAGCGGAUCUACGGUAAGGAGUUUGGUGCCCCCCGUGAAGAUGAGUCCGGAGAUGAUGAAGACGAGUCUACUAGCGAGGACAGCGGCAGCUCGUCGACGCCAACCAAAAUGGUGAAGGGUACCAAGGACUCCGGUAAGGCGAAGAAGUCGACUAAGACGUCCACUGCCAGCUCCAGCGGCAUUGGCCAGCUAUACGAGGACGGCUCGGACGGUGUCAUUGAUGAUGACAAUUCGACGCCUACUAGCAAGAAAUGUGCGAGUGCCUGCCCCGACGUUGUAUUGCGUGUUUGCGGAUCUGACGGUGUCUGGUACUCGAACCCAUGCGAACUGAAGAUUGCUGCUUGUAAAAACCCGGAGCAGAACAUCGUGGAGGACGAUAGCGCCUGCAGCUUGAAAAAGAUGGGUAAGAUUGGCAUCCUGCCUGUUGUGUAACUUUUAGUUUGGUGGCAGCAUCCAGUCCAAAGUACAUGUGUGUGGAUUCAAACCUCCAA